UCAACAUGUAUUGGGUAAUGAAAGAUGGAAUUUGACUUGAUAAUCAUUCAUUUAGAUCAGUUUUCGUCGCGUGACUAGUCAACAUUGCGGCGUAGCUCGUUUUUUUACUUUAUUAUUUUUGGACUGUAUUGUUUCCAAAAAGUCAACUCGUUUUAUUAUCGUUUUACAGUAGUUCGGGUAAUUUAAUUGUUUCACGGAUUGUUGAAGUGUCAGGCAACGCGUACUGUCAAAAUGAGUAAUCAAAAGACUGUGCCAAAUGCAGUGAAGUUCCUUUUUGGAGGAACUGCAGGAAUGGCUGCAACAUGUUUUGUUCAACCAUUAGAUUUGAUAAAAAAUAGAAUGCAAUUAAGUGGUACGAGAACGUCUACAUUGAGUGUAGUAACUUCCAUUGUAAAAAGGGAAGGUAUCCUUGCUUUUUACUCAGGUUUGUCUGCUGGUUUAUUGCGACAAGGUACAUAUACAACAACCAGACUUGGCAUAUAUAAUUGGUUGUUUGAAAUUGCCUCAAAGAACAAUCAAUCUGGCUUUCUUGCCAAAGCAUUGAUAGGUAGUGCCGCUGGUUGUGUAGGAGCAUUUGUAGGCACUCCUGCAGAAGUUGCUUUAAUUAGAAUGACUGCAGAUGGCAGAUUACCUGCUGCUGAAAGAAGGAAUUAUAAAAAUGUAUUUAAUGCAUUGGUUCGUAUACUCAGAGAGGAGGGUGUUUUAGCAUUAUGGAGGGGUACUAUUCCAACAAUUGGCAGAGCCAUGGUUGUUAAUGCUGCUCAAUUGGCCUCUUAUUCUCAGGCCAAAGAGGUUCUGCUUAACACUGGCUACUUUAAGGAGAACAUUAAAUUGCACUUUGUAAGCUCCAUGAUUUCUGGUUUAGUAACAACAGCUGCUUCUAUGCCAGUUGAUAUUGCUAAAACAAGAAUACAAAACAUGAAAAUUGUGGAUGGUAAGCCUGAAUUUAAGGGUGCAGUAGAUGUUAUAGUACGAGUUUGUCGAAAUGAAGGAUUGUUUUCAUUGUGGAAAGGUUUCUUCCCUUACUAUGCACGUUUAGGUCCACAUACUGUUUUAACAUUCAUUUUCUUGGAGCAAAUGAAUUCAAUGUACAAAACUUAUUUCCAAUAACUAUGAAUAGGAUUCAAACUUGAUACAUGUAUGUGUACACAGAGAAUUAGUAUCUGCAGAAAUAUUCCAAUUUAUAUUUGACCUUGUCAUCAAUUUUACAUCAUAUGUUCCUAGUGUAAUAUUUAUUCUUCCAGUACACUGCAUACUGCUAGAUAUUGUACGUCUUUUAUAUACAUGCACACACAAUUCCACAAUCAGUUAAAAAAAAAUUUAUUGUGGUCUUUUGUAGUAUAUAAUUUUCUUGUAGCCUAAAAUCUUAUAAUUUGUUAAGUACUGUUUCGUGAAAUCGUCGAUUCAAGCAUAAUAACAAAUUAUAUUUAAGACGCAUGUCUAGUAUUUUUAUAAUACAUUUUAAUGAACUUUAUUGAUUAACAAAGAAACAGUACAUUCUGUGGACAUCCUUCUAAGAGAUCAAAUCGUUUGAUACGAUUUUUUAUUUUUUACUUGUUGUUACAAUAGAAAAUAUAUAUUUUAUUGUUUUUGAUGUAUGCGUGUGUGGAAAGUUUUCUGCCAUAAUUCCCUAACCAAUUCCAGUACAUACAAAUACAUAGUACCAUAAUACAUUACUACCAUUUUUUAAAUUUGAAUGGGUGAGAAUGGAAUGUAAUGUAAUAGUCUAUAGUCUAACAUGUAUAGUUAUACUUAUAGUUACUGCCAGUACACAAUAUUAAAAUUGUAUUCCAGAACAGUUGUUGAAUAAAUCGAAAAAAUUAUUUUUAUA